GUGUGUGUAUUACGUAGCCGCGCACAGAUCUCGAGGCUGUUGUUCUGGCGACCAGCUCGAGGAAUUAACGAUUUUUUUCUAUUAAAGAGAAAAUACAGCAGUAACGGACGCGUACUAGAGACGUUAACGCAAACUCAGAGUAUUUUUCUAGCUUUUUUGACGUUUAUCUUAACCAUGGCUGUACUAGAUUAUCUGAAGAAAUGACUCCGCAAAAGUUUUGACUUGUAUUAAAUCAUUUGUAUUGUUGGGGCUCUCCCAAACGGAUCAUUGAAGACUCGAUCAAGCGAUUAGGAAUUACGGAAUUUCAUGUAAACUUUGUAAAUGAAGAUUAAAAACAUCGGCACGCGCUUAUUCUCUCUGCCGGACAUCGCACAUGGGGUGACACCGAAGAGCUUCCUGGGCCGCUGAGACGUGCCUUCGGGCUGGGUGUCUCGUUUCCUGUGACCCUGCUGGCCCAGACAAGCUCAGACAACCUGCCCCCUGAAUGACUACUGGCCGUCCGGUUGCAGGGCUUUGCCAAGCUGUCACCAUGAGCAAAUACUCCCAGUACUUCAACAAGACCCUCAUACAGGUCCACUAUCGUUCUGCCAAGGACAUGAACGACGUGGAAAUUAAAGACCGCAUGGAGAGUAAACAAAGCCUGGACACCCUGAAAAUUGUAUUUGUCAUUAUCUGCAGCAUCAUCAUCUUGGAAAACCUCCUGGUGCUUAUCGCCGUGUUUCGCAACAAGAAGUUCCACUCGGCCAUGUUCUUCUUCAUUGGAAACCUCGCCUUCUCUGACUUACUGGCUGGCUCUGCUUAUAUCGCCAACAUCUUUCUGUCAGGCCCUAGGACAUUUCAUUUGGUGCCUGUCCAGUGGUUCAUACGAGAGGGGACCGCUUUCAUCGCCCUAUCCGCCUCAGUUUUCAGCCUGCUGGCUAUCGCUAUAGAGCGCUACAUUGCCAUCACCAAGGUCAAGGUGUAUGGCUCCAACAAAACUUGCCGCAUGUUCCUUCUGAUCGGUGCGUGCUGGGUGAUGUCCAUCCUUCUGGGAGGUCUUCCCAUUAUCGGCUGGAACUGUAUUAACCACCUGGAUGAUUGCUCCACUGUUCUGCCUCUCAACACCCGAUACUACGUCCUGUUUGUCGUCACCAUCUUUACCAUCAUCUUGCUGUCCAUUGUGAUCCUUUACGUGCGCAUCUACCUUAUUGUGCGCACCAGCCAACAAGAGGCCACCAAUUCUCCAGCUUACGCUCUCCUGAAGACAGUCACGAUCGUGCUGGGCGUCUUCAUCAUUUGUUGGCUGCCUGCCUUCACCAUCCUUCUCUUGGACGCUUCCUGUCCGAUCCAGCAAUGCCCUAUCCUCAAUAAAGCCGACAUCUUCUUCAGCAUUGCCACGCUGAAUUCUGCGUUGAACCCGUUGAUCUACACGUUGCGGAGUAAGGACAUGAGGAAGGAGUUCCUCAGGGUUUUGUGCUGCUGGGGGCUGCUCUACUGCGGCAGACCUCCUCACCGCUGCAUGGUGCCACUCAAGAGCUCAAGCUCAAUGGAGCACUGCACCAACAAACACGAACAUCAGUCGACUCCCAUCAUGCAGGACUGCACUACCUGUGUCUGAUUUCGUCUCCACAGUUCCUAGGUGCUUAAAGAUAAGGGGAGACUCCAUCUUGGAGACAAGGCACAGAAGACAGAAGCGUUCAGAGACCUCAUGGAUAAAAUGAGAAUGGCAAUCAACGUCUUUGGACCCUUGCAUUUAGAGCAGCUAUCACAGGUGUGGUACUGGACUCCCUUGUGUCCUUUGUUGCUUCUAUCCUUGCAAAGGUUUCUGACCAU